AUGCAAUUGUGGCCAGUAUCCCCACCCAAUCACUUCUGCAUACCACCUAGGUGUUCUGAGAGAGAUAAAAUUGAUGAUGACUUGGAUAUUUUGGCAACAAUACCACUUACUCACUCGAAUGUUGUCAUUAUAAUUACAAAAACCAGAGUAUUGGUGUACAAUUUUAAGCCUUUUGCGUUAGUAGCAGCUCAUGAAAGAACUUCAGAGUCUCUAGCAGAAUUUGGAGAUAAUAAGGGGCUUGUGCCAUCCAUUGCAUUCAGAGAUAAGGUAUCUGGUGUAACUGAUAGCAAACCACCAACUUAUAUGUCAUGGUACCAAGGCAAAUUAGUCUUUUAUACAACAACUACUAAGAAUUAUGUUUUAGCUUACCAAGUUUUAAGAAAUUCAACUAGUGAAUCUAUAUUCAAAGAUUAUGGUUUGCCGAUAAUCGAGGUGUCACAAAUUAACGAAUUUGAAUCUGCAGCAUACGAUGCAAACUUAGAUGACGAUGUUUUAACAGUGUUCGACAAAGUCAAAUCAUCAAAAGUGAUACAAAACGGAUAUGUUUUAAAUAAGGAUAGAGGUAUAUUGCAAUUUCUUUCGGCGAAAUCAGAGGAUCCAAACGAAAUACCGAUCAAGAAAUUGGAGUUGAGGCUGAAAGUUGUCUUCAAAUUUGAGUAUGACAUAAUUGAUUUUAUUGGGUUCAAGAGAUUCUCUGAUGAAGAUGAUGGGAAGUUUGAAGAAAAUCUUUUAGUGCUCUUUGCGGAUAAAAUUCAAUUAUUGAAGCUACAGGAUUUUAAAUUUAAUAGUUCUCAAGUGGUAGAAAUUGCAAAUUCAAAGAAGAUAUGUAUAUGCGAUAAUAAACUCUACGUUAUCUCUCAGGAUAAAGAAACUAAAAAACUGAUAAUUCAUCUAAUCGAUCUCAAUGAACAAAAAGUGCUCGAGAAAACUGAGCAUGAUUGCAAUUCUGAAUUAGUUAAUGCAUUUUCAAUAGGCUCUAGGAUGCUUGUAUCUACAAAAGAUUCAGUUAAUUUCUUUUGUACAGAAAAGAAUCAAUUUACAUACCAUCGCAAAUUUGAUUUCAGUAUAAAGCUUGCAGAAAAAUUGACAGAUGAAUGUUUUGUCAUAAUAACUGAAAAUGAUAGACUUGAAAUUUGUAGUAAGUUUGGUAAUAAGCUUUUUUCAACAAUAUCCGAGGAUGAUAGCUCCUCUAAUAAGAUUCAUAACGACACAUUAAAUUACACGGCGUUAGUCUAUAUUGACAAAACAUUGAUCACAACCUGUGAAUCAGGAUAUUAUCAAAUAUGGAACUUUUGGCAAGAGUUUCCACAAUCUACAUUUGACUUCCGAGUCCCAAAGGUGUCAGCUAUUGCUAAUAACAACAAUGAUAUCAAAUUCUACUCUUCAUCUGGAGAUUCGCCACUAAAUCGCAUUCAAUUACAAUCAUUAAAACUCCCAACUAAAUCACUGAACAAUAACAUUUCACAUAUCAAAUUAAACUCAAAUCUUAAGUUGGUAGCAAUUAACAUAUCUAAUAAGAACUCGUUAUUGAUACAGAAUUUAGAAACUAGUCUAUGGUAUCAAUUUACAGAUGUACACAUUAUUGAUAUGCACUGGAUUGCCAACAACUAUCUAGUAUGCCACUUGAAAGAAUAUAACUCAGAUACAGUUAGUGUCAAAUGCUAUAACUUACCUUUGAAGGGACUUGAAAAUUAUGAGUUAGAAGAUCUAGAGAUAUGGGCUUAUGAGAUACCAGAAAAUGUUGAUAUAUUGAAAUUCUGGGUAAAUACCCAUCACAAAUAUAAAUAUCUCAAGAUGAAAAAUCAAAAGCUGGAUAGCUCAGAGCUAUCCUCAUCAGACAGGUUUUUCAAAACAGCGGAAAUUAUCCUUUCUACUUCAUCAUCUAUUGUAGUUUUUGAUGUAAUUUCCAAGGUUCAAUUAACAGGUUUAAAUACUAUUGUUAAUAUCCAUCAAUACUCAUCACUUGAAAUAGCGAACUCACUACCUACAAGAACUUUGGAAUGGGUUAGUACUUGGAAGGAUGGUUUCAUAAUAUAUGCAUCUGACAUGUUAUUCAGAUUAGAAAAAUUAUCAGAUGGUACUAUUCACACCACUCAAUUACUUGAUAAUGUUGAAAAGAUAGUCGAUGUUGUGAAGCACCAUAUAUAUAUGGUUCAAGAAGAUAAAUUUACAAUUUAUGAUAUCAAUGGACUUUGGGAAGACCGAAAACCUAUACUAUCUAUUAAAUUAGAUGAAGAGCAUUACCCUAUAUGUAUCUCGUCAGACGCAGCCAUAGUACAGUCGCUAUAUUGUGUGUUUAAUAAGAACCUCUCGAAACUCAUUAUGAAGAAUUCUAGUUACCUAGAUAAACUGAUAUCGGUGAAGAUUGAUAGAGGAGACGAUCUUUACGAUAUUAGCAGGCAAUUUUCAAACUUAAAGCAUUAUAAAUUUGCCUUGGAGAAGAAUCUUUCCAUAAAACUGAUGGAAGGAGAGUCUAUCACAAAAACAUUAGAACUGAUUAAACUUCUUAAUGAUAAACCUACCGGUCAUGGUAAAAUAUCAAGAUACAGUGACAUGCUAGAAAUUAUAUCUAAUUGUCUCAGAAAGAGUGAAAUGAAGAACUGGAAAACUUUAUUCGAUGAUUUAAGCAUGUCUCCAAGAGAGCUGUUGGCAUUAUGUAUUGAUAACAGGGAGUCGAAAAUGCUUGGGGUCUUAUUAUUAGUGUUCUUAAAUUACGGUGAGACUGAAGUACUAGGUGACAUACAAGAAGAGAAACCUGUUGAGCUACAUAACCCGACAAUGGAUGAUGUGUUAAAGGAUGAAGAGCUGAUGUUUAAAGUCCUAAAACACCUGGUAGAGUCUUCAGCAAGCUCAAGUAACGCUAUUAAAGCAUCAGAAGAGUGGGAAUUAUGUCUUCAGUUGGUAAGACUGUUAAAGGCUUUGGAUAAAGAAAACAAUACAAACCUAAUGGAAAAGGCCACUCAGAUCAUUCUGAAGAGCUGA